ACAAAUACACAACAGAUGAUGUUUCACACGUGGAGACGGACAGUUCUCACGCACACACGCGCGCGCGCCUCGGCAUUGAGGAGUGACGCGCACUCUGGUCUCCUAGCGACAGGAAACAUCUGCCUGCGCGCGCCGGGCAGCGGGAGCGCGUCGUCUCGUGUCGCCGUGCGCGGGGAUGUUUUAGGAGGCUGGAGAGCAGCGAGCGUCUCACCGGAGGAGCUGGAGCCGCCUGUCUGUCCUCCUGCCCGUCCUCCUGUCUCUCCUCCUGCCCGUCCUCCUGUCUCUCCUCCUGCCCGUCCUCCUGUAUCUCCUCCUGCCGUCCUCCUGUCUCUCCUCCUGCCGUCCUCCUGUCUCUCCUCCUGCUCCGGCCCCGGACUUCGGGCCGAGCCGCGGGUCGCUGGUCGCUGUGGAUGUGCGCGGACCGAAGCCCCGGAGGACCGAAGCCCCGGAGGACCGAAGCGGAGCGGGACGCUCCCCGGUGGACGGUGGUCGGUGAUCCGCUGCAGCCGGACGCGAUCGUUUGAAGCGGGCCCGUCCCUGAGAGGGAGACCACACCACCCAACAACGUCGAAAGUCGCUUACUUCAAGAGGAAAUAUGCGGAGGAGGAGGAUGUACACGGAGGCCUACAUGGAUAUUUUCAAAAACACCUGAUACUGCAGGAGGACCGGAGCUGCAUCCUGAAGCUGUCCCUGGAGAAGCUGAGGUUCCUGGAGGACCCCGAGGCCUACCUGAGGCGCUCCGUCCUCAUCAACAACCUGCUGAGGAAGAUCCACCAUGAGGAGGAGGAGCUGGAGGCCAGAGAGGAGGAGGAGGAGGUAGAAGAAGAAGAGGAGGAGGAGGUGGGAGAGAGGGGGCUUCUCUACCCGGACAGGAAGAGGGUGAAGGUGCUGGUGAUGGGCUGCUGCUCCCCGGCGUUCGGCCUGGAGGAGCUGCAGCACUGCCGGCUGGUGCCCUGUUGCCCGUACGGCCUCCCCCCGACCCACCGGGUCCUCCUGUACCACCCGGACGACAACGGCUGACGUAGCGCUGCGCCGCUGCCUCUUUUCUGAAGGAGCAAAGCGCCGGCUCUGGAAAGCUGUGGACGUUUUCCCACUAUAAAAGAAUAAGCUCAGGAGGCGCUGGUUUGGUUUGGUUUGGUUUGGUUUGGUUUGGUUUGUUUUGGCACAAACUCAAAUCGUCACUGAGAGCCAGCGGUGGAGGGAAGCGCCCAGAUGUUUCUGUCAAACCAUCGCGGCAUCACUGCCUUUUUUCUUUUACGUGAGUGACUCUCGGCCGGCUGUCGGUGUUGUUUUAUUGAUUUAAAAACAAACAAACAUGUAUUACUGUAUUCAGGGAUUUACGGACCGCAGGCUGAGUUCCCUUUGAUGCGCCUGGGUGCUGAUACGCUUCUCUUGUCUCUCUAUGCUACCGUUUGAUUUGUGCACCGUGCAAGACUCCCCGCUGUGUGAGUCAUCAUCUCCGAGGUGCGUUCACGGCCCGUGGGAACACUGGGGCUUUCUCUGUGUUUCGCAUCCCUCUGCUGCCCUCUGCCGAGGAACCUUUUUCAUCUCAAAGCCAUUUUUAGCGGCUGAUAUUUUCAGAUUCCUCAACUGAUUGAUGAGGAAGUUCCCCAAUUUCUGCUUUUAUCAGCAGCGCGUAAACAUCACGAUACAAGCGUGUGUUAUUGUUAACAACCAUAAAUGAACUGAAAUACAAAGAUAUCAUAUAGUAAAAUAGUUCCUCAUAGGAUAAGUGAUAGUGAGAAGUGAUAAUAACAAAUACAAAUACUGAAAACCUUUUUUCUGCUUAAAACUACCUGGUGGUGUUAUAAAGAAUUUAUUACAUGCUUAUAUUGUGCUUAAAAUGCUACAUUGUUGGGGGCUAAAGUGGUGUUUUCUUGGAAAGAGGAUGAGAAUAUUGCUUUACUGUUUAAAGGAACAUUUUAUUUCCUGCUUCCAAAUGUUUUGCAGCACGAUUUUGUGUUAAAGCUACAUCUUUAAGUCGAUAUUAAAUUCCCACUUUCUUUAACUGUCAGUCAGUAAAUAAGGGCAGCUGAAAUGUUUCCACAGAGUUUCAUUUUUUAAUGUUGCACAAAGUGUGUCGUAUGAGUGUGAUAGUUGGGAUUAACGCCUCGUCCUCCUCCAGCCUCUCAUUCUGUGUUUUAAAUGUUCAGUCCAGUCUCUUCGCGUUAUGUGCAUCUUGGUAACAAUCACUUCAACGGAAAACAACUACAACGAAACAUGCUGGCAACUAUUGAAGAGAAGCUUGAUAUUUUAAAAAAACAAGAAUUUAUAUUUUGAUGAAAAUACAUAUUCCAUAUUUAAGAUAAACUAUUUUGAAAAAGGGCCAGUAAACGUUUUUCAGAUGAUUGAUUGUUAAAUAAAGUAUGUGAGGUGACAAAGA